AUGUCAGAAAGUUCCCUUUUGAAUAGCGUGGGGCCGUUCCAAAAGGUUAGGUGUUCAGACGUGUUGCUGAGAGGUCGCGGGUUCGAGACUCCACGGAGUUUCGUAAGAUGCGCACUGCUGAUGAUUCCCAAUAAGGAUGAGACAGGUGUACAGUACUUUCUGAUUUUUCAGUAUAGAUUAGUUUCAAUGACACGACAAAAUCUUCACCAAACAAGAAGGAUACUUUUCAUGAAGGAAACUACUCACAAGGUUGCUGAAAACGCUUCGACAGCCCACGACCGGCUUCGCCCUUUUCGGGGCUCAUCAGGUAGGCGCAGUCCUCGAGUUCCCAUCAACCUUAUGUUCUACUUGAACCCACAUUUUACUGCGAUAUCUCGAAUAUCCAGUGCAUAUCCAAUGGCCGUGCUGGGAUUUGAACCCCGGACAUCUGACAUGCGAGGCGAGCGUGUAACCCCUACUCCACCAACGCACGCAACUGAAUGUGCUUCACCAGGCCGUCUGGUGUUUCAGUCGCCACGAUAUUCGAGAUAUCGCGAUACAUGUGAAUGUGCAGCACACAGGCCGCCUCUCGAUUCACUUGGCACGGUAUUUGAGAUAUCUCAGUAUAUUUUCAUGAGGGAAACUACUCUUCGACAGUCAAAGAGUUUUCAGCAACCU